AUGGCCGAGAAAGAAGAUACGGAUACGACUGCACUCCUUACGCGGAAGUGGCCUACCGAACCCGAAUCCUAUCUGUACCACGACGAAAUGAUAUCGAGACCUUUGGAUAACUGGUUGAUGGGAAUCGAAAAACAUGAAAAGGAGCUUGGCGGAUGGUUCAUUACCAAAGUCGAACACAUGAAGAGCUUUCACUUCUCUAGCGUCAUGCACGAGUACCUCCGGGUCACGGUUGAGCGCCUUACGCCCGAUCCCGAGCCCUCCUCCAAACGCAAAGCUCUGCUUUUUGCUGAGCGGGAGUAUGAAGACGAUGAAAUCACUGUUGGCUGGGAGAAGGUCAGGCACCCCGAGCUGACCGGCUGGUGGAUCGUCAGGUUGUUCCGCGGAUACUUCAGCGGGCCGAACGGAGGAGGCGUCCCGUUCACGGCCAGCUCGUCGGCCAUAGACAGCUGGAGGGCAGUCGGAUACUCGGCCUCGGAUUUCCUAUGCGAGCUCGUUGCUAAAGAGAACAGCCAGGGGCUGCCUCUGAAAGCUUUUGCCGAAGUCUUACGCGAAACGAAUGCCCAAAAGCCGGUCUAUCACGCCCAGGAUGCCAAUUGCUUCUGGUUUGCUGAAACCGUGUAUAAAGGGCUACAGCGCAGGACGGGCGACGGGACUGUGGACCCGGGAGUAGCCAAUUCAGCCGCCUCUCAGGGUCUGAGUUCCUGGUGGACGGAAAAUCGAGGAGGCUACUACCAUCACAAGGGCAAGUUUGGUGGAGUUCGUUGGCUUCCGUUCCAAUUCCGUUUGAUUCCAGCCAUCCGGGAUUACGAGCGAUUCUCAUUGGAAAAGGGCAGUAAUCUCCCAAAUUCUUACGUUGAACGCUUUCGGGUAUUCAGAGAAUGGCGUAACAAGCGGGUCACCAAAGCCAGGGAUGAGAAAGAUAUCGAAAAGCAGAAGUGA